UGGCAUUUCUGCCAACUGUCGAAAAAAAUUGUGUCAAUAGUAAGCAAUUGCUAUGACUUGUAGAAUUCUGUUCUUGUUAUUCCCGUUUUUAUUGGGGUAGAUACUUUUGCUCAUUUGUAGUGGAUAAAUUUAUCUAAUUUCUUCCAAAAAGCGAGUUUUUCACAAAAUCUAAAAAUGCCAGCUGGAGGUGCUUUGUUUGGUAGCGCAGCCGCGGGUCCAGGUUCAACUGGUGGAAACAAACAUUUAAUAGAAGUACGAGCAGGAAAACUGAAUUUGAAAGGUAAAAUGGUGACAUCAGAUAAACGUAAAGGGUUAUUGUAUGUAUAUCAAAGUGAAGAUUCUUUGAUGCAUUUUUGCUGGCAGGAUCGAACCACAGGAGUAGUCGAAGAUGAUUUGAUAAUCUUUCCUGAUGACUGUGAAUACGUCAAGGUCCCUCAGUGUACCACAGGCAGGGCAUACUUGUUGAAAUUCAAGUCUUCUGAAUUUGACAUGGGUCCAAAUAGUGGCAGUGCUCGUACCAAUACCACACCAGCAAUAACUCACCGCACAACAGUUCCGAGCACUCCAACAACCACAGCUGCUGCCAAUCCAACAACCCCGUCAGCAGGUCUAACCACACCUCAGAGGUCAAUUCCGACAGCUGUUCCUGAUGCUCCUAAACCUAGAACUAGCACCAGAACUCCUGAUACUGCUUCACCCUCUUCCUUUGCUAAUCCCAUUCAGCUGUCAGACUUGCAGAACUUCUUGUCUGGACUUUCUCCACCAGUAGCAAGUGCUGAUGGCACUCAACAGCAAUCAGUGGAUCUAUCAACUGCUUUAAAUACUGAGACACUGUCUGGUAUUCUGAGUAGCCCCGCAACCCUUGAACAAUUACAAGGUCAUCUGCCUGCAGUUGAUGGUGAUCCACAACAGGCUCUCCGAUCCACAUUGGCUUCACCACAGUUUUCGCAGGCUGUAUCUCAGUUCUCCAGUGCUUUAGAAUCUGGCCAACUCGGUCCAAUAGUGUCUCAAUUUGCUGUCAAUCCUGAAGCCGUAGCCGCAGCAGCCCAGGGCAACAUGGCGAAUUUUGUGAAGGCGUUGGAAAGUAGCGGAUCCUCUACUGAAGCCGGUAAAUCUGCUGAAAAUAAAGAUAAGGUCAAGGAUAAGACCACCAAGAAGGACGAUAAGAAAGAUGAUGAUGAACAUAUGCAACUUGACUAAAUUUCAGUACAGCAGUAGGGAACUUUUUAGUAAAACUUCUUUUAACAUGUCUGUUACAUACAUGCUUCAGAUAUUGCUUUAACUUAGAUUUGUUAAGAAAAUGUUUGAUAUACAUACAUGCUUGAUGGAAGUAUCACAUCCCAA